CUGUCAAAUGUCAAAUAAUAAAUAAACAAACAAUGUUUAAUUUGUUUAUUUAUUAGGUAAUAUUUACGUGAAUUUUGACAACAAACGUGUAUAUUUAAUAUUUGGUAGAAUUUAAAAAUUUAUUUUAUUUAUAUAAACAUUAAACAUUAAACUGUCAUAUUAAAAUAUGACAGAUUUUGAAAUAUAAAUAUACUUUGAAAGCAAAAUAAAUUGUUUUUACAUAAUUAAAAACGUGUAUACUUAUAAGGCUCGCGGAUUACAAACUGUUUUAUGAAAGUAUAUAUAUGUAUGACAAUAUGCAUGUAUAUGUGUGUUAUUAUGGCGCAAUGUGUUAAAGGGAGGCUCCCAUUGCUCCCACACAUAUUACACAAUCCGUAGAAUUAAUUUUAAAACAAAUGUAACAUAUAUCUAAAAGUAAAUCUGAGAAACGGGAAUAAAUUUUACUGUGAGUGAUUGUUUAAAUUAUUGAUUGUGCUAAAGUGUAUAUUGGAGACAAAGGUGUUUUUUUUUAUUUAUAACCUUCGUCUCAAUUUCAUCAAAAUGGAAGAUAUAUUUCAAUGGUGUCGAGAGGGAAAUGCAAUGCAAAUUCGUGUUUGGUUAGAUGAUACUGAACAUGAUAUGAAUCAAGGAGAUGAUCAUGGAUUUAGUCCUCUUCAUUGGUGUAGUAAAGAAGGUCACGCAAAGCUGGCAGAAUUACUUGUUUGUCGAGGAGCGCGUAUUAAUGCUACAAAUAGAGGAGAUGAUACACCAUUACAUCUUGCAUCAGCGCAUGGACACAGAGAUAUUGUACAAUUGUUGUUAAAAAAUCGGGCAGAUGUUAAUGUGACUAAUGAACAUGGUAACACAGCGUUGCAUUAUGCUUGCUUUUGGGGAGAUCAGGGAAUUGCAGAAGAAUUGGUAGCAGCUGGAGCUUUAGUUUCAAUUGCCAAUAAAGAUGGUGAUACACCUUUGGAUAAGGCAAGAGGUCCCAUGGCCAAAAGAUUACAUGAUUUAGCUGUUGAAUUUGGUCAGGAUUUGAAAAAAAUUCAAUUUAAAGAUCAAAGUUGGCUUGGUCUGAAAACAAGAAGUCGCGAUGCUACUUUAUCGAGACACAAGGGAAUUAGUAUGUCUGAUUUAUCGCUUCACACGGAAUUAUCAAAUACACCCAGCGGUGAAACAUGGCGUGGUCGUUGGCAAAAUAAUGAUAUUGUUGUAAAAUUUUUAAAUUUACGUGAAUGCUCUGCACGUAUAUCGAGAGAUUUUAAUGAUGAAUUUCCAAAAUUGAGAAUAUUUUCACAUCCAAAUGUAUUGCCGGUAUUAGCAUGCGUUAAUCAUCCACCAAGAUUAGCGACAGUAUCACAAUAUAUGCCACGUGGUAGUUUACAUCGUCUUUUACAUGGUGGAACAGGUGUUGUUGUUGAUACAGCAAGAGCAUUAAGAUUGGCACUUGAUGUUGCACGUGCAAUGGCAUUUCUUCAUGGUUUAGAAAGACAAAAUCGAUGUCGAUUUUAUUUGAAUAGUAAACACAUAAUGAUUGACGAAGAUUUAACAGCUCGUGUAAAUAUGGCAGACUUUAAAUUCUCUUUUCAAGAAAUUGGUCGUAUUUAUGAACCAGCUUGGAUGUCACCUGAAUCAUUGAGUAAAAAUCCAAAUGAUAUAAAUCUUGAGGCAAGUGAUAUGUGGAGUUUUGCUGUAUUAUUAUGGGAAUUGGCAACAAGAGAGGUGCCAUUUGCUGAUCUUUCUCCAAUGGAAUGUGGAAUGAAGAUUGCACUAGAAGAUUUACGUGUUAGUAUUCCACCUGGAAUUUCUCCUCAUCUAGCAAAAUUGAUAAGAAUUUGUAUGAAUGAAGAUCCAGGUAAACGACCAUCAUUCGAUAUGGUUGUACCAAUUCUUGAUAAAAUGAAACGUUAAAGAUAAAUUUCUCCCCUGGGAGCAGUUUUCAUAUAAUAAUAUUAUUAUUGUGGUGCUUUAAUUCUACAAAUACCGUCAAGUGCCUCGGAAGCUGCGCACAAGUACUUUUUUUUAAUAAUAAUAUAUAAUAUUAGUUUUAUAAUAUAUUAAAAGUGUAACAUAAUUUUAUAUAGAUUAUAUAUAUUUUAGUUACUAAGUUUUAAACUUUUUAUAACAAUAUUUAAAAAAAAUAUUACUAAAACCCGACUGCAUUUAAUAAUGACUAAUUAUUAAAUUUCAUAAAAUAAAAAAAUGAUAUUAAAAGAUUA